AUGCGCGCGACGGGACCGGGGCGGGAGCGGAGCGCGGACCGGGCACUGGGCGCGGUCGCUGCUCCCAUCCAUGAGGGUGUGGACGACCUGACCACCCUGAGUUACCUCCACGAGCCUGGCGUCCUCCACAACAUCGCCGCUCGCUAUGCCAACCAGAUCGUCUACACUUACUCCGGUAUCGUGCUGGUGGCCAUCAACCCGUAUCAGAGUCUGAAUAUCUACAAUUUCAGCACCAUCAAGGCUUACGCCGGUACCACCCAGGGCGAGCUUGAGCCUCAUCUGUUCGCCGUGGCGGAGAACGCCUUCCGUACAAUGGUCCGCGAGGGCCGCAACCAGUCGAUCAUUGUUACCGGCGAGUCUGGUGCCGGUAAGACGGUCAGCACCAAGUUCAUCAUGCGCUACUUCGCUUCGGUCGAGUCCACCGAUGACACGAUGACCGCCGUCGAGCGCCAGGUGAUGGCCACCAACCCGGCCAUCGAGGCGUUCGGCAAUGCUCGAACCCUGCGCAAUGACAACUCCUCGCGCUUCGGCAAGUACAUCGAGGUGGCCUUCGACUCGGCGGAUCGGAUUUCCUCGGCCCGCAUCCGGACUUUCCUGCUCGAGCGCAGUCGUGUCGUGUCGCCCGGGUCUUCCGGCGGGUUGGACUCCCACUCGCAGCAGCGCUCCAUGGCCUCGAGCGGCUAUCACGACGACCUGGGGCUCAGCAUCGGCGAGCGGAACUACCAUGUGUUCUAUCAGCUGGUGGUGGGCGCCUCGGAUGAGGACCGCGAGGCCUUCUUCCUGACGGACGACCCGGAGGACUAUCGGAUUUUGUCGGUGGGCGGCUGCACUGAGAUCGAGGACGUCGAUGACGCACAUGAAUACUCCGAGACCCGUGCCUCGCUGUCGACCAUCGGCAUGUCCGAGGCCGACCAGCACUCCCUCUUCAAGACCGUGGCGGCGCUGCUCCAUCUCGGCAAUGUGGAGUUUACUUCGCCCUCCGUUCGCGAUGACAAGGCCUCCAUCACCGAUACCUCGGCCGAGUCGCCCCUGGCUCGGGCCUGCGAGCUUCUCGGGGUGGACCGGGCCCUGCUGGCCAAGUGGCUGAUCUCGCGACGCAUUCACACCGUCGGCGAGACCAUUGUCAGCCCCCGGACCCUGGUGGACGCCCUGGCGGCGCGCGAUGCCCUGGCCAAGUUCCUCUACGCCCGGCUCUUCGACUGGCUGAUUGGCUUCAUCAACCAGGCGAUCGGCAUCCCGGCGAAUGCCACCGACGCCAGCGGCAAGAAGCUCAGCGCCGCCGAGCGCCGCAAGGCCGCGGCCAACCGGCGCUUUGUCGGCCUGCUGGAUAUCUAUGGGUUCGAAAUUUUCAAGGUCAACUCCUUCGAGCAGUUCUGCAUCAACUACGCCAACGAGAAGCUGCAGCAGGAAUUCGUGCAGCAUGUCUUCAAGCUGGAGCAGGAGAUUUACGUCAAGGAGGAGAUCGAGUGGACGUACAUCAAUUAUGCCGACAACAAGCCCUGCAUCGAGCUGAUCGAGGGCAAGUUCGGCAUCCUGUCGCUGCUGGAUGACCAGUGCCGACUGGCGCGCGGCAGUGACACCGCCUUUACCAUGAAGCUGCAUGAGCAAUGCGGGGCCGCCUUCCCGAAUCACCUGUCCAAGCAGCGCCUCGGCGGUGGCGAUGACUCCUUCAUCGUGGCGCACUAUGCCCAGCCGGUGACCUACGACACGAAGGGCUUCCUGGAGAAGAACCGCGAUACCGUGACCGACGAGCUGCUGGAGCUGCUUCUGGCCUCCAGCGACUCGUACGUGCAGCUGGUGACCAAGGGCGACGGGUCGGACGGCCUGGUGGUCGCGGCCCCGGCCAAUGGCCGUGGCGGCCUGGCAUCGGCCAACAAGCUGACACUCGGGUCCAUCUUCAAGAACUCCCUCAAUGACUUGAUGACCACCAUUCGCGGCACGACGUCGCACUACAUCCGCUGCAUCAAGCCCAACGAGCAGAAGGCCGCAUUUGUCUUCGACUCGGCCAUGGUUUUGCAGCAGCUGCGCGCGUGCGGUGUGCUGGAGACCAUCAAGAUCAGUGCCGCGGGGUUCCCCUCGCGUGGUGACUUCUCCGAGUUCACCGACCGGUACCAGCUUCUGCUGUCGAGCGACCGGUGGUUCGGUAAGCGGACCCCGGCGCUGGCCGACAUGCGCACCAUCACCGGCGACCUGCUGCGGCUGGCCUUCGGCGACGAUGCCGAGGGCGCGGACAAGUAUCGUGUCGGCAAGACCAAGGUCUUCCUGCGCGCCGGCCAGCUGGCCAUCUUGGAGAAGAUGCGCUCCGACAAGUUGAAGCGCGCGGCCGUCAACAUUCAGCGCAUGGUCCGCGGCUUCCUGGCGCGCGCGCACUAUGUUCGACUGCGCCCGGCGGCGAUUCAUGCCCAGCGUCUCUUCCGUGGUCUUCAGGCCCGGCGUCUCUAUGCCAACCUCCGUCGGGAGCGUGCCCUGGCCACCGUGCGCCGGUACAUCCUGCGGAAGGUGUGCCGGCGGCGCUUCCUGGCCCAGCGCCAGGCAGUGGAGCAGCUGCAAAUGGCCGCCCGCUACUACUUCUCCCUGACCUUGCGGCAGUCGAUCCGGCAAUUCCGCAAGGCGGUCAUGAUCCAGGCGGCCGUGCGCGGGUGGCUGGCUCGCCGGCAGUAUCUGCGCGAGCGUCGGCAGAUCAUCCUGGUGCAGAAUCUCUGGCGCCGGCGGGUGGCCCGGCAGGCCCUGCGUGCCCUGCGCAUGGAGGCUCGGGACAUUUCCAAGAUCAAGGAGAAGUCCUUCAACAUGGAGCGCAAGGUGCUGGAGCUGAGCCAGCAGCUGGCCUCGCGAGAGGACGAGGCGCGCCGGCGUGAGCGCGAGCUCGAGCAGGCGCGCGAGCGCCUGCAGCAGGAAGCCGAGCGUCUGGAGCGCGAGCGCGAGCGCGAACGCGAACGCGAGCGUCGCCAGUGGGAGGAGGAGGCCCGUGCGGCGGCCGAGCGCGCCGCCGCCGAGGAGGCCGCUCGCCUGCGCCAGGCCCAGGCCGAGGCCAUUGCCCGGGCCGAGGCCGAGGCCGCGGCCAAGGCCGCCGAGCAGGCCGAGGCCCUGCGCCAGCAGGAGGCCGAGCGCGCUGCCGCCGCGCAGAAGGCCGCCGACGAGGAGGCCGCCCGCCUGGCUGACACCCAGGGCCGCCUGGCCGCCGCUGAGGCCCUGGUCGAGUCCCUGCGCCAACAGCUGGCCGAGCAGACCCAGCGCCAUGCCAGCGAGACCAGUGCCCUGUCGGACGAGGCGGACCUGCUGCGCCAGCAGCUGGAGAUCCUGAUUGGGUAUAUCCAAUACCGCCCGGCCGAGUGCGAUCCCCUGGUGGAGCCGCUCCUGCUGGAGAAGCCCAUCCAGCCGGAGGGCACCAUGCUGGUGACCAUGGUACCGGAGCCCGCGGCCUCGGCCGACGACUCGACGCCCACCCUGUCGGAGGGUCCGUCGGACGGGGGCGCCGGCGGCGGCGCCGCACUCGGCCAGCCGGAGCCCUCGCUCCUGGACAUGACCGACUCGCCGUCGCUGGUGGACAUCUCGGCCCUGGUGGACAAGGCCCUGGAGCCGGAGCAGACGGCGGAGGAGCGUGCCGCCGAGGCCCGGGCCAAUGCCAAGCUCCUGUUCACGGCGCAGAUGGCCGCCGCCGUGCGGUCGCUCUCCCCCUGCUGGAUCGAGCUGAAGGAUGUCACCAACCAGGUGAACCUCAUCAUGACCAGCGAGCUGGAGCGGGAGAUCUCGCAGAAGCUCAUCACCAAUGCCCCGAUUCCGACCCUGUCGGCCGAGGGCGGCUCCGGGACCAUCCCCCCGGAGAGCAUCCUCUACCCGUCGAACAUGAUCGGCAUCAUCUUCUCGGCUUUGCUCAUGUCCGGCGAGAGCAAGCGCCUGACCAACUUCAGUACCGAUGUCGUGCACCACAUCCUCAAGGCCAAUGUCGACUCCGGGGCCACGGUCCGGACCCAUGUCUUUUGGCUGGCCAACUCGCUGGCCCUCUACAACUUGACGCUCUGCUUGCGGCCCUUCGUCCGGACACUGGCCCCGAACUUGGCGCAGAUCGCCAACAAGAUUGUCCGGCAAAUUACCCAGGAGCUGGGCAACCUCUGUAGCAAGGUCUUCCAAUUUGUGGUGGCCAAGUUCCAGGAGCGCGUCCGGCCGGUGCUGGUCCCGGCGGUGCUGGACUACCAGGAGUCGGCGGCGGCGGCGGCCCGGCCCAGCGGCUUCGGCUUCUUCCGCAGCCCGGCCGCCACGCAGCGGCUGGCCCCGAGCACCAUCACCACCCUCUGGUCGGAGUUCAUUGGCUGCUUCCAGAAGUUCCACAUCGACGACUCGGUCACCCAGCAGUUUGUCAGUGCCGUGGUCUUUAGCGUGACCACCGAGCUCUUCAAUACCAUGAUGCGCGAGGGCAAGUACUGCUCCUCCAUGCAGUCGAUCCACAUCCGGGAGAAUGUCGAAGUUCUCCGGCGCUGGUGCGUCAAGCAGGGCUUCAAUGACAUUGUUUUCCACUUCCUGCCCCUGCUGCAGGCCCUGCAGGUGUGCAAGCUCCAGGUCAAGUACUCCACCGACAUCGAGGCCAUUGUCGAUGAGUCGCCGCUGCUGAAUCAGCGGCAGAUCCUCCACCUGCUGCUGGUCCGCGACCGGGUAGACAUCCAGCACUCGGUGGAUCCGAGCCUGCUGGAGGAUCUGCGCUUGACCACGGUCGGCGCGUCGCAGCAGUCCGGCUCGGCGCUGGAGAUUCUGAUGGACACCAACAACCACCAGAACUUCAUCACCCCCAACCCGUCCCAGGUGCAGCGGCUUUACUUCUACCUCCCGCCGGGGGUGACGCUGAACCACAUCAGUCACGUUUAGAGGUGGCUGGGUUUUUGCAUGCGCGCUUCGCCCGGGUGUGCAUGUGCAUACUUGCUCUUUCUCCCUCCCCCCCCCCC